ACUCCGACGCUUGCACGCAGAGACGAGGGGGAAAGCCGGAGCGUGAGGAGCAGCGCCGGCUGCAGCGGCAGCGGGGCAAGCGCGUUGGGGGUGGGAGAAGAUUCUACCCGUAAGGACGCUGCCGUUGUAUGCUGGUGUGCGUGGAUGCAUGUGCGUGUGCGGGAGAGCGAGCGGGAGCCCCUGCUGCCGUCGUCACGCGGGCAGGAAAAAGGGGAGUUGAGGGGGGGCGGGUGGGGGCCUGAGUGGACGGUGCAUCACAGGACGCCGAUGUGCGCGGACGACUCCCCGACUCUGCCGUAUGCCCGCCCCGGCCCGGACAACUUCUGCCAUGGCGUCGCCUUUCUACCGCCCACCGGUGGGCAUGCAAGUGGGAAAUCAUCUUUUCCCUCAGCGCUGCACGACUGACUGAGGAACCAUGGUGAGCAAGGAGGGCGGCAGAUACAUGCUCACCAACUCGGAAUCCGACUCGGAGGCGGCGGUGGCGGUGGCACCCUUACCCACCGCCUCGCUGGCGCUGCAAGUCAAGUAUUCUCUGGACGCCAGUCGACAGGUGAGGAAGCGGAACAAGGCCCUGCAAGUGCGUUUCAAGGAUAUCUGCGAGGCGCAAAACGAACAGAGGGAGGCGGAGUUGGCCAAGGACGGGAAUCCCCUCUCUUACAAAGCGGCGUACCGCAAGUACAUGACCGUUCCGGCCCGUCGAUCCAUUCCCAAUGUCACGCGCAGCACCGGGGUGCAAACGUCCCCCGACCUGAAGAAGCGCUACCAGACGUUCCCCUUCGAGCGCAAGAAAGGGCACGCGUUGAAGCACGCGGCGCUCGCGGAAACGUACACGGGUCAGAAUAACGGCUUUGUCAUGGAGGUGAAGCCGGAUUCGCCGCGGUGUUUCGACGACGAGGCGGAGGAGGAGGAGGAGGAGGGAGCCCGCGGGGGGAGCAGAGUUUGGCGGACCAAAGCGUUGCUCCACACAAAUGAGCGCGUGGCUACGGUGGAGCGGCACGCGGCACCCGACGGCCCGUGCGGCGACGCGCCGCCGCCGAGUUGCGCCGUCAACGCGGACUACCAGCUCUGCGGCGUAGCAUCCAAAACCAGUGCGGGAUUACCACCGGGGGAAAGGCGGCCGCUCGAUCGCGAUGAAAUCGCGCCGCGUUCGCGAAACCUGCCGGAAAGGGCCUCCAAGGUGAGCGGGCCAAUCGCGUGGAACUCCCUCACCCAAGUGGAGUGCCUGGAGAGCCUGUCGGCACGGCACAAGCGUAAAAAAAGCCUGCAGCGCGACGGGCCGCAGAGCGAAACGUUGCCGCGCGCCGGCCGAGCCUGCGCCGCGCAGGCGCAGCGUCAUCCCGCCGACAAGCCCCAGCGAAUGGCGGCGGCUGACCAGGAGGCCUGUAAGCAAAUCGUGCCCGUGGAUCAGGACGGGCAUGUUAAAGCACAGCUUCAAGCCAUGGAAAACAUCAUCAGCUCCAGCCAGGAGACCAUCAAGGUGCUUCUGGGGGUGAUCCAAGAACUGGAAAAAGGGGAGGCCCACAGAGAGGGGCUCUCCUAUCGCACCGGACAGGACACAGCCAACUGCGACACAUGCCGGAACAGCGCAUGCAUUAUUUACAGUGUGGAGCUGGAUUUCAAGCAGCAGGAGGACAAACUGCAGCCUCUCAUGAAAAGACUCUGCCCCUCGGACGACAGCCACUUCCCCGCCUUGCCAUACCCCCACGAGGCCUUCACAUCCACGCCCAAGCGCAAGUCCAAAGCCGAGUCCAAGAAGCACGCCCGAUGGAGACUUUGGUUCAUGUGAAUGCAUCGCCGGGGCGGGGGGGCAGAACGUCACGCUUUCCUAACUCGGGAACUUCCGCCUGGCGCCAUUUUGGAAGUAAUUGUCGUCAAACUGGGAGUGAAAUCGCACCUGGGUGGGCGGUGACACACUUUUGACAAAAUGUGAUGAGCAGCUCCUUUCGAAGCUGCCGUCUAAUGAAAUUCCGGACUUGGGUCACGUUGGGACUACAUGGGCUUGUCUCUCACCAUACAGCAAAGCACAACAAACGCAGUUCAGGAACCCACACCCCCCCAAAUACCGAGACUAAUUUCACGUGUGAAACUGUUCAUACCGUCUCAAGGAAGAAAGCUACGAUCGAUUUUAUCCAUCUCUCAAAUGUCACAUUGACUUCUCGACUAACUUUGAAGGAGAUGUACAUAAGAAGAGUCUUGUUAAAUGAAACUUAUUUUCUUAAUGGCAUUUUUGGACAUCAAAGGACAUUUUUAUCUAUAGCUGUAUUAAAAAAAAAGAUCUUAAAGUUUUAGCUGAAUAUAUUUAGGAAAUCGGGGGGGCUGUUCGCAUUUAAUGCCACUAAGCUACUAUCAUCUUUUUAAAAUGGAGUCGAGGCUCUAAUAUAUGUACUGUAUAUUUUUGUUCCAGCCCUGAAAAUAAUGAACACCAUUGAAGGGUACUACAUGCGAUUGAUUGUAUUGCCGUGGUAAACCGAACCUGAACGUAAUGUACAGUGUAGCCUUGCAUUUUAGCAGGACUGAAACUGCUUCAAAAGAAACAACUGCAUUUUCAAAGACAAAUUCAAAGAUGAUUUUACUCCCAACCUUACGGGGAACACCGCCAACCUUGUCCGUAGGUUUAACAUUAUGAUUAGCACUUGAGAGAAACCUCCGAGAUUAUCUGUAUCUUGAAAAAAGUGCAAUUGAUUUACUAUGUGCAAUACCGUGUAUUUUAUACUGUUGAAAGAAAAAUAAAAAAUUUAAUAAGCAAACGAUGAAAAAAAAUUAAAGCAGACACCUACAAAACUUGGAA